AGAACGCAGAACGGUCGGGAAUUCGCUCCAGGAAGAAGAAGAGGAAGGAGGAAGGAAGAAGAGCCUGUCGAGGCUCUCUGAGAUGCAUAUGCCAUUCGAGCUCCUCCUUGCAGGCGGCGGCGGCGGCGACAUCGAAGUUGCGGAAAUCCAGUGGGAGAAGGAGCGGUAACCGCGGUCUCUCCCGCCGGUUUCGGAGAAGCGAAGAAGCGCGAUGAUUGCGAUGGUGCUGAGCGACGCCAAGGCGAAGAGGCCCGCCGCGGCCUCUGCCUCCCAGCAGGCGAUCAGGCUGGCCCCGCUCGAGGUCGCGGAGUGCUGCUGCUGCGGGUUCAAGGAGGAGUGCACGCCCGGCUACGCGCGGCGCGUGCGGGAGCGGCACGGGGGCCGGUGGGCGUGCGGGCUCUGCGAGGAGGCCAUCAAGGACGCGAUGUCCGAGGCGGCGGCGGCGGCGGCGGCGGCUGGACCGGGGAGAGAGGCGGCGAGGCUGGAGGAGGCGCUGGGCCGGCACUCCGAGCUCUGCAGGCGGUACCGAUCCCCGGUCCCGCCCCGGCAUUCUGCGGAGGAGCUGAUCGGCCGCCUGAAGCAUCUCCUGCGGCGAAUCCUGGACGCUCAGCGCAGCAGCCAAGGGAGAGGCUAGAGCUCCCCGAAUCGCAGGUACAAUGCCAUCGAUUCCGCCGUCAGCAGCUCGACAUAUCUUAGUACUUAUAACUUGAAUAAAACUCGACCCCGCCGCCGCCGCAUCCGGCGGCCGGCGUCCGGGCGUUAGCAUUCUGCAUAAAAGAGACAACGAUUGAAUCAUGGGAUUGCAAAGGACAGGAACACGUUCCUCUUGCGAACCAGAUGGGCUGUUUUCUUUC